UCGGAGAUUUUGAAAGUACUGCUAAGCGUUGUGGCUUUAUUUUGGCGAUCUUUUUUUACUUCCUGUUGGAUUAUCGCCCGCUUCAUGGCCUGCUUGCUCCGGACCUCCGAGGGCCAGGAAGAAGUUGUGAAAACGCAUUACAGAAUGUAUCUUGAAUGUUUAGCGAUAUUACCAUCGAUAAACAUUCAACGACCAAAAGUGUGUGUCGGCGCGACCAAAGUGUCUGUCAGAGGGAUGCCCAGGAAGAUAGGAUUCAUCGUGGUCAACUCUUCAAGUCAUGAAGACAACUUCACUGCCAAGGAGCUCAUGGUCCAUGCACCCACAGUCAAUGGUUGGCGAUCUGGCAGGCUGUGCUCUUACCCUCAACACAUCACCCUCCAGCUGGUGGAGAGAAGUAGGGUGAGGAAGCUGCAGCUGCUGGCCCACCAGUACCUGAUACCAGCUAAGGUGGAGUUCCACAUUGGAGACACCCUGCCUGAAACCAGCACUCCAGGGGUCCCAGGGCAGCUUCGGAGACUCGGGUAUGUGUCUUUGUCUGACAAUGAGAAGACGGACUUCAAAGCUCGGGAGCUGAAGUCGGUCCACGUAGAUGCCAUCGGAACAUACCUGAGAAUAACCUUUCAUAAGAACCAUGUCAACGAUUACAAUCACUACAAUCAGGUUGCUUUGGUUGCCAUUAAUGUUCUGGGAGAUUCUUUGGAUGGCACUGCUUUUAACACAAUUCCAAGCAGAGAGCAGCUGAUCGAACACUACCUCAACAGUACUCAGCUGGAAGCCGCCUUGGACACGACCUUCAUGGGAAAAUGUGAGUUCUUCUCCCCAUUGGACGACCUGGCCUUUGACAUGUACCAGGACCCCGAAGUUGCUCACAUCAUCCGUUUAUUGGACCAAAAGAAGCAGGACAUGGUCCGGCAGGAGAAAUACGAGCAGGCAAAGACUCUGAAGCAGGCCAUUGCUGACCUGCAAAAGGUGGGGGAGCGUUUGGCUCGAUAUGAUGUGGAGAAGCGAUGUGCCAUAGAAAAGGAAGACUAUGACUUGGCCAAGAACAAGAAGGAGCUGAUGGAGGAAUACAGGAGGAGCGUCUACCAGCAGCUGGAGGUCCACAACCUGUUGGACAUGACAAUGAUCAUGAGGGCAACAGAUUCAUCCCCGCUCCAGGAUCCUCCCUCCCUUCUGCCUUCCCCAGGUCACCACUCAGUCCCCUCCAAGCCCCUAGUGUCCACGGACGCGUUCAGGAAGGGGAAAAAAACUAACAUGCCUCAGAAUCAACAGUCAGCAACAGAAACUGUUGUGCCCAAACCAACCAGCCAACCUGACACACCCUGCCCCCCUGCUACUAUACCCAAGAUAGAUGUUACCAGAAUGCCUUAUGAUGAGAGGCCACUGCCAACCCUUCAGAGGAAAGACUGGGCAAUGGAGGCCAUCCAGAGCCCUGCAGAGCAGCACUCCACCCAACCUGACGCCCACAGGAAUCCACCCAGCCCUGAGAUGAGCAGAGAGCCAGAGCCCCUGACAGAGAAAGCCCAGAGAGAGGCUUGCCUUCCACUAGAGGUUUAUGGAGAAAGUCUG